AGACUAAGAAAAUAGACAGACGACCUUUGGAUUGGUUUUGUCGUUUUGUGUUGAGUCUGGUCUGAUAUUUUGGUUAAACAUUUUAUGGCUCAAUUACAAAAAUAGGUAGUUACAAUAGUUUUUAAGAAUAAUGGCGUUAAAAGUACUAAAAGAAACCCUUAGGUUUGUCAACAAGGCCCAUGCAUCGUUGGGAAUCGUACGACAGAAACACUCAGAGCCAUCCUGGGUCCCAGAGGAUCCUGAAACUCAUACUGGUCAGAAAUUUGAAAAAGAUGACUACCGUCUUGUUAGAUUCAUAGACAAGACAAAGCAUGUUAACAAGAAGUUUGCUAUUGAUCUCAUCGCAUCAGUUCCUCCAGAGUCGAAGAAGGAAAGAGUUGUGUGGUGUGAUGGUGGUGGUGGCCCCACUGGACAUCCUAAAGUGUUUAUAAACCUGGACAAACCAGGCAAUCACAGUUGUGGCUAUUGCGGCUUGCGAUUCUACAAGGAAGAUCAUCAUGGCCAUUAAUUAUUAAAAUAGCCUAUGUAUAAAUUUGUAGUCAGUUUCAAGAAGUUUUUUGUUCAGUAAAGUUAAUGUUAUACUCCUAUA